AUGCCUAUUAAAACCCUUGAGCCGUACUUGUUUGAGAGAAAACAAGUUUUCCAAGCACUGAUUGAUAUCUUGGCUAAUGCAACGCUUGGAAUUGAUGUUGAGUACUAUCUAAACAAGAUAUAUACACAAAAGAAAGAGCAAUUUUUGGCUGCAAUUGGUGGAGCUCCAACUUCAUUGGGGGACUACAUCAAAUCGGAUUUAAAACAUUUCCAAAGCUAUAAUAUCAGGCCUAUAUUUGUAAUCCCGGGAUUAAAGACGGCGACACAAUUAGACGAUGCUGGCAAGGUUGAAGAACUGGUACAAUAUGAAAAGAAUAUUGAAAACGUUUGGAAUAAAUUGAUGAACCCGCCUCUUCAUGAUGGAGUACCUAAUUUGCAAGCAAUGGAAAAUUUCAGAACCUAUACUGAAAAGUUUUCACUUGAUUCAAUUGUUAAUGACUUGAUCAAAUGCUUUAUUGAAUUGGGAAUUGAUUACUUGGUGACUCCAUACGAUACCUCAUUCCAAUUGUCAUAUUUGCUUCAAAGUCAAGCGAUUGAUGCUAUAUAUGGUUCAACCGAUGUCUUAUUAUCCAAAGUCGAUAAAUUGAUCAUCGGAAUGGACUUUCAAACUAAAGAAUUUAAAUUCGUUGAUAAACGUAAGCUUUUGCAAGAGAUUGGUUUAAACGAGCGCCAAUUUAUUGAUCUCAGCUUGAUGGUUGGGUGUGCUUUGCAGCCACAUACUUUUCCCAUUUUCCCACCGCAGCCGAGACAUGUUCCAGGCCAGCCGUACCCCAUAUUGAACUAUUUCAAACUAGGAUUAGACAUGGUAUUUCAAUACAUCAGUUUUAGUGGCGUGACUAGCGAUCUUUAUGGUUAUAUUCUCAACUUUAACGAUCCAAAGUUGGUGGACUUGUAUGUGAGGGGCCAAUGUGCUAUUAAAUAUGUACCCGUUCUUACUGCAAAUGGAUAUGUUGAACUAUACAAUGUACAGAUGGCGCAACUUGGUUUCAAAACGGAUAUUGAUUACUUAGCUGAUGAUGAUGACAACGAAGAGGACGCCAAUGACGGUUUGAAAGAAAGGGAGGAAGAAACAGAGAAAGAAACAGGGAAAGAAACGGAAUCAGAUAAGGGGAAAGUCGUGGGAAAUAUCUCCAAAAAAGAAUCGGUAAAGCAAGGAGGAAAAGAAAAAAGUACACGCAUUGUUAAAGUUCCUACCAAUUUGCAUGAAGUAAUCUCCCAAAGGUUGCCGCCAGAGUUGUACCUUUAUCAAUCUUUAGGUCUUUUACCUGUUGAGUUUCUUACUUCUAUUGCUCGCGGUGUGAAUAAGGUGAGAGCACCGCCUGAGCUACUGGGCCAAAAUAAUGAUUCCUACCAGAAAUUGGUCUCGUCUAAAUUCUACCUCGAUAUUUUAGAUUAUCAAUACAAUUUGAUCACCCAGCUUGUCGCACGCUACUAUCAAGUGAAGAAAAUUGCUGUCAAGUUUUGGUUUAAAAAGGAUACCAUAGAGCUCAAUAACCGUAUUACCCCUCCCAUUGGUAAAAGAGUGGAAAAGCUCUUUGUCAAUAAUGCAGAAUCGAGCGAUUUAUUCAGUUUAUCGAGAUUUUUCAUCAAGCCUGCAGGAACCAAUGAGGACAAAAAAGAUAGAGAGGUUAAACAUAUCGGCGAUAUUGUGUCAACAGGUUUGUUGAGAACAUUGUACUUGUACGGUUUGGCUAAUGAAAAGGGCGAGUUAUCUGCAUUAGGUAAAAUCAUUCAGGAAUUUGCAGCUACAAACCAAAUAGAACGCGAGGACCAGGAAAAAGAAUUAGAAAGCCUCAUUUACCUUGCACUUCUUUUGAAAACUAAGACCUUUAAACUCAAUGCUUUGGAACCAGCCAAUUCCGGUUUAUCCAAAGUCUAUACUCAGCUCCAAUUUCCUAAUAAUGCUAGCUCAACAUUAACAGCUGAAGAAGAGAAGUAUAUUUCCCUUAUAUCGAGAGUAUUUUCAUUACAAAAGUUGUCUACUACAGCAAUCAACUACCAUGGUCCCGUUUCAAGGGGCCUUCUUAGCUUUAGAACGCACGUGGAGUUUAUAAGAACUACUUUGCUUCACACUUUAAAAUGUUUAUUGAUUGACUUUAUUGUCCGUCUGGAGAGCAAUAAUAUCAAGGCAACAUACGAAAACAAGCAGGAUUGGCUCAAACUCAUUGAUCAAUUGCCUUUCUACUCAAGCUCUAACAAUACCUUGAUGGGAGUUUUUGCAGAAAUAUUUUUCAAGGUGGCUAUUAAGCAACAAAGGGGAGCUGACGCUAAAGCCAGCGAAGCUGCUGACUUUGCCAAGGUUUACCUAGCUGAUCAUGUGCUUCAUUGUGAAGUGGCUGGACACAAUGUCAACUAUAAAGGUGAACAAACUUUCUCACAAACACAAUUGAACAAUGACUUUAAAAAGGCGGUUAAAUGGUGGAAAUCUUUCUACUCCUUUAUGACUUUGAUAAACGAAAAGGAGAAACUGAUUUGUGAUGAUACUCUUUUCAAAGAUAUUAAAGGAGCAGACAUUUUAUUAAGCCAAUAUGUAUAG